UUUCUCCUUGUUCAAAUUGCCUCAAGACCAAAAUUCGAUGCGAAUUUACUGGAACCGCAAAGAAACGUGGUCCACGCAAUGGUAAUGUUGAAGUGAUCAAAAGUUCAGCUCGUAGGAUUGAAAAUGUCCUACGGAAGAAUCCGAAUCUGAGAGAUCAAAUUAAACAUAUGUUGGCGCAUAAUAACGCUCGUCCUGCUGCUCGCUCGACAAGACUUUCCCCAGUAAUUCCUCAUGAUGAACCAAUAGUCAUAAUAGAAGAUAAUAGUGGGAUCACUACGGACGCUUCUCAGUCUCACGGAAUUCCACCUUCAGUUAGGCGAACUUCUUUUCCUUCUAAUUCAAUUACGUCUAUGCAAGAAAACUUUUCUCCGGAUGAACGUGUUUCAUAUCCUACCUACUAUCCCUGUCAAACCAACGUUAGACAAGAGAUCAUCUAUUCACCUCAGCCGCAGACGCCUGUGUUGCUAAAACCCGUUCCUGUGUACCCUAUGCGAAAUCACGUGGCAAACGAAACCUCGGCGCGAAGUUCUGAAGUAAAUUAUUUGAGACCUAAUCCUACGUAUCUUGGAUCAAAUUUUGUUCCCGUCACACCAAUGGAUACUUUACAAACAAGCACAAAUCGUAUGAAAUUACCGAUGCCCAAUCUUAUCGCUUGCAAAAAAAGGUCAACUCCUAUGCCAAUUGUCAUUUCCACUUCCGGCAUUGAAGUCUUGUUACCUCCAGCACCGGAUUUGGCAAAUCCGUUUUCACCUUCUCCGCCCGCCAAUCAAGUUCAGCAUUCAAUUGAAUUACCUCCAUUGGGUCUUUCAGAUCCUUAUUAUAAUAAAUCAUAUCCUGAUAUGAACACACCUCCAAUGUCGACUACUCCUUUGCCAUCUCCAUCAUCAUUUCAAACCAUGGCAUCUCCUAAUCCAAGUCUUUAUAAUAUGACUUUUGAAAAACCUCAACAAGAUUCUUGUAGUCCCCCAACCCCGGCAAAUUCCUUGUCUCCACCAUUGUCUCCUCGUGAUACUUCCCUAUAUGUCGAGC